GCAUUGAUAUUGGUCGUCAAUGUUUCGCUGCAUUUUUUAAAUGUAGUGAUAUAAUUAUGGAAAAUAGUGUUUGUAUAAAUCAGCAGGCCAGGAUUUUUUUGGAAGAAUUGGACAAUGAGAAGCUUACGUCCGCUGUGUUUGAUGAUUCUCUCAUAUGUUAUGCUCAUAAUAAUAAACCAGUUGGUUCAUAUGAGUGCCGCGUUAAUAUUGAAAAAGAGGGCGCUGUAAAUCUUAUAAUUGUGAAAGCAUCGAGUACCACACUUUUGGGUGAAAUACGUAGCACUUCAACUCUUGAAGCCCAUUUAUUGCCUUCUCUUGAAACUGUUUCACAAAAAAAGGUGGAAACUACCGUGGUAAACAAACAGUUUUGUCUUUAUUUGCAGUGCAGAUGAAUGGAAAAGUGAUAGAGAAGUCGUUUUCUGUCGAACUUGUUGAAGACGUGUAUGACGUACGUGUUACAGAAUCAGUGGACGGAGAAAUUAAGUCAUCAUUUAAGAAUGAAAUACCGAAUUCCAGUUUGUCGGGUCUUAUAACUGAAGGAGCUGAUUUGGUCUUUCAGCGAAUAUUGGUUAAAUCGCCCUUUUCUGUCCCACUGGAGGUCAUUGGUUUCGAUGCAGAUUAUAACUUAGCGACGGUGUCUUACAUUAAUCUUGGUGAGCGCAGUAUAUUCGUCGGAGAUAAUGAACUUUUUGUCAAGGGAAUCCAACGAAAUGUUCACUCAAAAAGCUGUCUUCCGUCCUCGUGGCAAAACUACUUUAUGGAUGAUGGACAUUUGAUAUUAAGAGUACAAGUUGGAUCUCCAAUCAUCGUAAAGGCGAAUACAAUACCUGAACUCUUUAAAAAAGAAGAAUAUUUGCCUAAACCAGUCAUUCCACAAAUCAGUUUAAAUUGGGAAGAUGAUUUAGAACUAUACUCACGUUUUCUUGAUCGAAAAGGUGAAAUUAAAGCUCAAUAUUUGUUAUAUUUACGUGAUCAUCCAGAGAUACGUGAUAUGAUUUCUGAUUUCAUUAAAUCUUUACUACUUCAUAAACCAGAUGAAGUAGUUAAAUAUGCGGUAGAAUAUUUUAAGAGUUUUUCAACUCGAGCUUUGCCAAGUGAAACAUUUCCUGGGAAAGUAUUGUAAUGUCUUUUGCUUGUUUUCUUUCGUUUUUUUUUGUAUUUUGAGUAUGUAUUCUGUUGUUGUAGUUGUUGUUACUUUGUUCCUCGAGUUGAUUUUGCCCUCUGUCUGUCUGUCUGUCUGCGUGCCUGCCUGCCUAUCUGUCUGUCUGCCUGUCUAUCUACCUAUCUGUAAUGGGAUAUUUAAUUUAUUAAUAUCUCUUUAUCUUAGUCUUAAUCAUAUUCCAGCUGAUUUGUUAACACACUUUUUUAAAAUUGAAUAAUUCUUGAUUGUUUUAAAGCAUACUUUCUUUUAUAUAAAAAAAAUAGGAUCUUAACAAUAUUAGUAUCUUUUACAGAAACAAUACCAUGUUGCCCUUUGAUGACUGUUUGAUAUUAUAUUCAUUCAGUGUGAACAGAAUCUUUAAAGACAAAUAUUAUGACUGUUUACGUAUUCAAUUCAUGCAUUAAUUCAUUACAGUUAAACAAGACAGUCAGCUAAAAGGUGGCAACUAUUGUUUUCUUGAUUUAGAUUUCUUGAAUUAGAUUUUUAGGCGUCCAACGGAGAAGAUCGUGUGAAGAGGAAAUGAAAACUUGUAGGCUGUCGUGUAGCCGGCUAAGAAAGACUACCAAAAAAAAAACAGAAUGAAAUAAAGAUGUGCUUCCCGAAGUCUUAUGUUCCAUUAGGAGACCAAAGAAAUAAUAGAUUGAUUGAUUUACUUUAAAAAAAAAACAUUUUUUCAAUCAAUAUCCAUGGUUCUUUACUUAUCUAUGAAAGUGUUGUAUGCAUCUCAUUGCUAAAAGUGACAACAAUUUUUAUUUUGAAUAAUAUUAAUGAUAUGGUGGUCGAUGUUCAAUCUGAAAAUAAACCAAUCAGAAUUUGACCCACGUAAAAUAACACCCAAUAUUUCAUUGGUCAUGAUUACAGGCUAAUUGACAUAUUUUUGGUGAAAUUUUGAAUCACACAUUAUUGCGUAAAAUAUUACUUUGC